CCGCCUGGGUGGUUGGGGCUGAGGCUUUUGGGUCGUGGGCGGAAAGAUGGCGGCGCCCACUCUCGAGCCCGUGGAGGAGGAAGGGUGCGCUGGGCGCACGGCGACCUCCGGGGUGGAGGCAGCGCUUCCCUCGGAUCCCGCUGCUCUCGCCCCGCUGUGCCCGCACGGGCCCACUCUUCUGUUUGUAAAAGUGAGCCAAGGGAAGGAAGAAGCACGGAGAUUUUAUGCCUGCUCAGCCUGUAGAGAUAGAAAAGAUUGUAAUUUUUUUCAAUGGGAAGAUGAAAAGUUGUCAGAAGCUAGACUUGCUGCACGAGAAGCUUAUAACCAAAGAUGUCAGCCCCCCCUAUCCCGAACACAGUGUGUACAAAGGUACCUGAGGUUUAUUGAAUUGCCCUUGACUCAGAGAAAAUUCUGUCGAAGUUGUCAGCAGUUGCUUCUACCUGAGGACUUGGGGGGACAUGGUGGCCAUCAGCUGUUGGCUGAUAUUUCCAUCACCCAACUGAGAAGGCCCAGUCAGCUUCUCUACCCACUGGAAAACAAGAAGACAAAUGCCCAGUACCUUUUUGCUGAUAGGAGCUGCCAGUUCUUAGCAGACCUCCUUUCUAUCCUUGGAUUCAGAAGAGUACUAUGUGUUGGAACACCAAGGUUGCACGAGCUGAUCAGGCUGACAGUGGCAGGUGAGAAGGCCAACAUGAAAAGCCUUUUAUUGGAUAUUGAUUUUCGGUAUUCCCAGUUUUACUUGGAAGAUAGCUUUUGCCGUUAUAACAUGUUUAACCAUCAUUUCUUUGAUGGAAAGGCUGCCCUCGAAGUAUGCAGAGCAUUCUUGCAGGAAGAGAAAGGUGAAGGAGUCAUUAUGGUGACAGACCCUCCUUUUGGUGGUUUGGUUGAACCUCUGGCCACUACUUUCAAGAAGUUAAUUGCUAUGUGGAAAGAAGGUCAGAGCCGAGAUGACAGUCACAAAGAACUUCCCAUUUUCUGGAUUUUCCCCUAUUUUUUUGAGUCCCGAAUUUGUCAGUUUUUCCCAAGCUUCUGCAUGCUGGAUUACCAGGUAGAUUAUGAUAAUCAUGCACUUUACAAACAUGGAAAGAGAGGUCGAAAACAGUCUCCUGUGCGGAUUUUUACCAACAUUCCACCCAACAAAAUAAUCCUUCCUACUGAAGAAGGAUACAGAUUUUGCUCCCUGUGUCAACGAUAUGUUUCUCUUGAGAAUCGACACUGUGAGCACUGCAAUUCUUGCACAUCCAAGGAUGGCAGAAAAUGGAACCAUUGCUUUCUCUGCAACAAGUGUGUAAAACCUUCCUGGAUCCAUUGUAGCAUCUGCAACCACUGUGCUCUUCCAGAUCAUUCCUGUGCAGGCCCUAAAGAAGGCUGUUUCAUCUGUGGUGGGUUAGAUCACAAACGCAAUGCUUGUCCUAACAGUGCCACCUCUAAGAGGACCAGCAGAGCUGCCAGAAAGCAGAAGCAAAGAAAAAGUAAUAAGAUAAAAAUGGAGCCCACUAAAGGACAGUCCAUGAAUCAAGCAUCUGCUACAAGGAGAAAGAAGAGGGGAAGAGCCCAUCAGUAUCCUGCUCUUAAAUGUCCAGUGACUUGAGAAUAAGGAAGAUUUAUAGUCCAACCUUUGAUGCCAUUUUCUGCAAGUGCCACACUAGACUUAAAUUCAGUUGCUUUCAAAGGUGUGCACCUUUCUGUGCUUGAUAAUAGGCAGGUGGCAUUUGCUACUUUAUAGUCCCCUUGGCUGCCUAUUGGAGACCUGGGAGUUUUCCUUCCUCACCUGGUUUCUUGGCUCUCUCUCUACCUGCUUUUCCACUCUUUAAAUUCCAUCCAGUCUAAUUUUGGUUUCUUUUGUCUGAAAAAUGGGCAAACAGCAUUCUUUUACAUAAAAUACCAGGUGAUAAUGCAAGUGAAAAAUCUAUGAAGUUUUCCCUACAUCAAGCUUUUAUGUCACUUUAGAUAUAAAAAUACUUUGUUACAUACAAAGCAGUGUGUUUAGGCACAUCCAACCACAGUCCAAGGCCACGUGUAUCCCAAGAUAGCUAUAAAUAUGGCCCAACACAAAAUCAUAAACUUAUUUAAAACAUGA